AUGACACACAUCCAGCAAAUCAAACAAUAUCUCCCAUGGGCACAGACCCCGCUGAUUAUCAAUGCCCCCAUGAGCGGCGCAGCGACCAGCAAGCUAGCCGUUGCCGUCACCCGAGCUGGAGGACUGGGACACAUUGGCUUUCUGGACGACAAGAAAAUGCUAAACACGGAGCUCGAAAAGGCGAAAAGGCAAUUAAGUGAUAUGGCCGUCACCAACGGGACGCUACCGAUCGGGGUGGGAGUAAUUGUGUUUGGAUCCCCUGUCUCACAGUGGCUUUCCCUAUUUGCUGCGUACAAGCCCGCUGUCGUUUGGCUGUCCUUCGGAACGUCGAGAGAGUUUCAAGGGUGGACGGAAGGAAUUCGCGGAGUCUCCCCAGAUACAAAGAUCUGGAUACAGGUCGGAAGCGUUGCCGCUGCGCUCGAUACGGCCAGAGUCUGUCAACCCGAUGCUCUGGUUCUACAGGGAAACGAUGCGGGCGGACACGGCCACGCAAGUGGGGCGAGUAUUAUAUCGCUCCUUCCAGAGGUAUCUGAUGUGCUUUGUAAGCAUAGGAUGAGCCGGAUUCCAUUGAUUGCGGCCGGAGGUAUCGUCGAGGGACGCGGUGUGGCGGCAGCUAUCAUGCUUGGGGCGGCGGGAGUGGUGAUGGGCACGCGAUUUCUGGCUGCGGAGGAGACGAACCUGCCUCCUGAGUACCGAGAGGCAAUCAUAAAUGCCGUCGACGGGGGAGUGUCAACCGUGCGGUCGAGAGUCUUCGACGAGACUUGGGGUCCAAGUCCGUGGCCAGUGUUGUAUGACGGGCGGUGUUUGAGGAACGCAAGCUAUGAUGAUGUGGCUGCAGGAAUCCCCAUGCAAGAAGUCGUGAGGCGGUUUCACUUGCGUUUGAGGAAAGGACAGGAGGAGCUUGAUAUCAAGGAUUCAGGAAGUGUGUGGGCUGGCACAGGCGUGGGAUUGGUGAAGAAGGUUGAGGACGCCGCAUCUAUUGUCAACCAGGUACGACUGGAGGCAGCUAGGAGGCUGGAGAAAGGCACUUCCCUCGAUACACAUGUUUGA